AUGGGCUCUGGGACUCAUGUCCGCGACCGCAAAACGCACAUGACUGUCCCUCCUUCGCCUCAACACAUCCUCACAGUGAGCUGGGAGCAUCCCAGCAGCAAAUGGGCACACCUCAUCCCGGCAAUGGUCGGUACACUGUCCCUCGUCCUGGCGAUUCCUGGCAGCCAUCUCUCUGAUCACUCCCGUUCCAAUGUGGAUCGCCAGCUCCACCUUGUGCUCGGCAACUUCAUAGGACAAGGCCGUACAGGCAUCGUGUUCCACGCCCGCGUGAAUAACCAAAGAGUUGUGGCAAAGGUUGUCGACCUCACCCCACAGUCUCCACUCUGGUCGCAUCCCGACUCCUACAACACCCCUGCCGCAACAUUGCGCGCCGCCGUAUCGGGCGAGGCAUCACUCUACGCCCGUGAGCUGCGACCGCUGCAAGGUGUCGUAGUUCCCGUCUUCUAUGGCAUGCAGGCCAUUCGCAAUGCGUACAACGCAAUCUGGGGCUGUUUCGUACUGCACGGUGAUGUGGCCCCACGCCAUAUUCUUGUUCGCAACGGCCGCGUCAACAUAAUCGACUUCGAGGCGUCUCUGACCGCCUUUGACGGUGCCGGGCAGGUGGCCAAGGAACGCGCCCGUGUGGAGAACAUGUUCCAGGACGCGCACAGGCUCGAUGCCCCUGAACUUGUCUCCCCUGGCGGUAGAUAG